GAAAAACUGGAAGAAGGGCCAAGGCUGCCGGGGUCCUUCGUGCGGCUGCUACGAAGAAGAAGAAGAAGAACCCCAAGGAAUGCAAGCAAAUUAAGCCAUGUUCUACAAAGAAUGGAUUCUGUAAAAUGAAGUGUAAUGAAGAUGAAAAGCCCUUGAAAAAAAAUAACCUGUGCAAGAAGACUUGCCGCUGCUGUGUUCUAAAGAAGAAAAACAAAAGAAAUGCAAGAAGACGGACGCAUGCAAGGAAGAAGGAGGAAAGUGCAAAAAGGUCAAGAGUUGUAACAGCAAUGUAAUGUCAUACUCGUGUGAUAAAGGUUGCGUGUGCUGCAUUGAGGAUAGAGAUUGUGCCCAGCCCCUUGAAUGUAGAAAAAAUAAUGGCGUCUGUAUGAAGACCUGUAGCGGCGAUGAGAGGGAACUGAAGGAUUUGUGCUACACAUACAACACAGGGCCGACCUGCAGGUGUUGUGCUCCCAAGUGCUCGCAAGACUCAGCCUGCACCCUGUGGGGAGGAGUUUGUGUGGAUGGUCCCGAACAGUGUCCAACAGAAUUUGGCACACACAUGGUCUCUGAAGGCUGCACAGGAUACAACUGUGUAUGUUGCAAACCAGUUUCAGGUAGAGAUUGCGCAGAGGCCGUCGAAUGUAGUAUUAAAAAUGGCAUCUGUAAGAAGACCUGUAGCGGCAAUGAGAGGGAGCUGAAGGAUUUGUGCCAGACAGACAACACAGGGUCCAUCUGCAGGUGUUGUGCUCCCAAGUGCUCGCAAGACUCAGCCUGCACCCUGUGGGGAGGAAUUUGUGUGGAUGGUCCCGAACAGUGCCCAACGGAAUAUGGCACACACAUUGUCACUGAAGGCUGCACAGGAUACAAAUGUGUAUGUUGCAAACCAGUCACUACCACACAAAAACCCAUGACUACUGAUAGUCCUGGCGGUCCUAGUGACUCUACCUCUCGCGAUCCUGGUCCUAGCGGCUCUACCUCUGGUGGUCCUGGUCCUGGAGGUAGUACCUCUGGUGGUCCUGGUCCUGGAGGUAGUACCUCUGGGGGUCCUGGUCCUGGAGGUAGUACCUCUGGGGGUCCUGGUCCUGGAGGUAGUACCUCUGGUGGUCCUGGUCCUGGAGGUAGUACCUCUGGUGGUCCUGGUCCUGGAGGUAGUACCUCUGGUGGUCCUGGUCCUGGAGGUAGUACCUCUGGUGGUCCUGGUCCUGGAGAUAGUACCUCUGGUGGUCCCGGUCCUGGAGAUAGUACCUCUGGAGGUCCUGGUCCUGGCGACUCUACCUCUGGUGGUCCCGGUCCUGGAGACAGUACCUCUGGCGGUCCUGGUCCUGGCGACUCUACCUCUGGCGGUCCUGGUCCUGGUGACUCUACCUCUGGCGGUCCUGGUCCUGGUGACUCUACCUCUGGCGGUCCUGGUCCUGGUGACUCUACAUCGGGCGGUCCUGGAGACAGUACCUCUGGCGAUCCUGAAGACAGUACUUCUGGCAAUCCUGAAGACAGUACCUCUGGCAGUCCUGACGACAGUAGCUCUAAUGAUACUGAUGAUUCUAGCAUGGCUUCGGAUAGUUCUGAUAGUACUGAUAGUAUGACUAAAGGUUAAGUCUAUCACUGCAUUGAAACACUUUUAUCCUUCACUCUUGAACAUUCUGUAUGGGAUUGGCCACCCUGACCUUUGACAAUGCACUAUAUUUUAUGAACAUCACUGAUACAAGACCAAUUCCUUUGUUCUCUAUUCGAUAGUCACUGUCCUGUCAUGUAGGAGUCUGUGUUGAAGCAUAUUAUGAAUUGCCUGUUGCUCGAGGAUUGAGUGAAACAGAGACAGUGCUUGAAUCAAAAUAAAUAUUCAUUAGUAUUAU